AUGCAGCUUCACAUAUCUCCAAGUUUAAGACAUGUCACUCUUCUCCCCACAAAAGGUGUUAAAGAAUUCAUCAAAGUUAAAGUUGCCUCCAGGAAGGUUUCCUAUCCUAUGAUCUUCUAUUCCCUGAUCUUCUUCACUUUUCUUAUUCGUUUCUUGUUCGUGUUAACCUCCGUUGAUAACAUAGAUGGCCAAACAAGAUGUUCAACUCUUGGAUGCCUAGGGAAGAAGAAAACUAAACUUUUUCCGAUAAAUUACUUAAAGGGUCGUCAAAAUUCUGAUAUUGCUACAGUCCCAGAAGUAAUAUAUCAAAUUCUAGAGGAACCCGCAAGUGAUAAUGAUAAUGAAACGCCGCAGACAUUGGAGGACUUCGUGGAGGAAAUGAAAAAGGAAAGAGCGGACGCUAAAACAUUUGCUAGCAGGCUAAGAGAUAUGGUAACUCAACUUGAACAGAAUACAAGAAAAGCCAAAAUUCAAGAGUACCUAUAUCGACACGUAGCAUCCAGCAGCAUUCCAAAGCAGUUGCAUUGUCUUGCUCUAAAGCUAGCUGAUGAGCAUUCCACAAACGCAAACGCUCGUCUCCAGCUCCCGUCAGCCCAAUACGUUCCUUCUCUUGUUGAUAACUCUCUCUUCCACUUUGUAUUUGCUUCGGACAACGUUUUAGCAGCCUCUGUUGUGGCGAAAUCUCUUGUUCAAAAUUGUCUGAAUCCUAACAAAAUAGUAGUGCACGUAAUCACAGACAGGAAGACUUACUCUCCUAUGCAAGCUUGGUUCUCCUUGCACCCUUUGAAUCCAGCUAUUAUUGAAGUGAAGGGGUUGCAUCAUUUUGACUGGUUCACAAAAGGAAAGGUCCCUGUAUUGGAAGCUAUGGAGAAAGAUCAGAAACUCAGGUCUCAAUUCAGAGGUGGGUCUUCUGCAAUUAUUGCAAACAACACUGAGAAACCUCGAAUCAUUGCUGCAAAGUUACAAGCACUUAGUCCAAAGUACAAUUCAUUGAUGAACCAUAUAAGGAUACAUCUCCCUGAGCUGUUUCCGAGUCUUGAUAAAAUUGUAUUCCUAGACGACGACGUCGUGGUUCAAACAGAUUUGACACCUCUGUGGGAUAUUGACAUGAAAGGAAAAGUAAAUGGAGCUGUGGAAACAUGCAGAGGAGAAGAUAAGUUUGUAAUGUCGAAACGAUUCAAGAGCUAUUUGAACUUCUCACAUCCUUUGAUUGCUGAGAAUUUUAAUCCUAACGAAUGUGCUUGGGCCUAUGGGAUGAACAUCUUUGAUCUAGAGGCAUGGAGGAAGACAAACAUUAGUCGCACCUAUCAUUACUGGCUUGAACAGAAUUUGAAGUCCGACUUGAGUUUGUGGCAGCUGGGGACAUUGCCGCCUGGUCUAAUUGCAUUUAAUGGUUAUUUACAUGUUAUUGAUCCGUUCUGGCACAUGCUAGGCCUAGGAUACCAAGAUAAUACAAGUAUGGCAGAUGCAGAAAGAGCUGGUGUAAUACAUUUCAAUGGAAGAGCAAAGCCAUGGCUAGAUAUAGCCUUCCCACAGUUUAAGUCACUUUGGACCAAGUACGUGAACUUUUCUGAUAAGUUCAUCAAGAGCUGUCAUAUUAGAGCAUCCUCAUAAAAGUUAUUUUUGUCAAUAAAAGCCGAAAAUGAGUAAAGACUAAAGAAUUACAGUGUACAUGAUAAAACAAACUGGCUGAAACAGAAGGAGAAGAAAGGAGAGGCUUCCAUUCAAAUUUCAAAGUUGAUGUAAAUUUUUACUUUUUGGAGUUUAAUAUAUUUUAUAUCUUAAUAUAUUCACUACUUAAUUUUCAU